GCCAGUGCGUACAGUCGGCCGUCGCCUAUGCGCCGUUCUUGGCAUUCAGCCUACGAAACGACAACGCACGUGCAUCGAACGAAUCAUCAUAAUUCGAUCACAUAAUAGUAGUUCUGUCUGUUCCGAGUGAUGUAAUAGUUAUGCACAACUUGACACGCCAGAUCUAGUUCAGGAUUGAAUAAGUUAACAAUUAAUAUUGACUCCGAACUGAAACUAAAUCGUUCCGGUGUUUCUACUUCAAGUUAUAUAAUUGCGGUGCCUUAUUACAUUGUCAAGAACCGCGUGUUCUAUCAAUAGAAGGAUUCUCGUGUGACGAUGCAACGCUAAUCAAAUACUAAUCUUAGAUUAUGUUGGACUCUACAUACCUACUAUUUGUGUGCUUGAUAUGUACUUUGGUGGCAUGGCUAGCCAACCACCUUAGACGUCCUUACAACUAUCCACCAGGCCCCAGAUGGUUACCUGUAGUAGGUAACUCUCCGCAAUUGCGACGCCUCGCAAGAGCCGUCGGUGGCACUCACCGCGCCCUCGCGAUCUGGGCCAACACCUACAGUACAUCAGUUCUGGGCCUUCGACUAGGGGGCGACUAUGUGGUCGUAUUAUUCGGUGCCAAAACAGUUCGAGAAGCACUCUGCCGCGAAGAAUUUGAUGGCAGGCCGGACAAUUUUUUCAUACGUUUGCGGACGAUGGGAUCCAGGAUGGGCAUCACGUGCACUGAGGGUCAGCUCUGGACGGAACAACGUAAUUUUGUUGUUAGACAUCUCAGACAGGUCGGCUAUGGCAAGCAGGCCAUGGAAGAUCAAAUAGUGAACGAAUUGAAAGAAUUAAUUUCAGUGAUUGAUGCAUUAGGAAAUUCCGUAAAUUUUGGACGAGAGCUUGCUCCAAGUGUAAUAAAUGUUUUGUGGACUCUGACUGCUGGCAAACGUAUUUCUAGAGAUGAUCAACGACUAGAACGUUUGCUGACGCUGCUUUCCCAGCGCUCCAAAGCAUUUGAUACCGCAGGCGGUUCGCUGAGCCAGAUGCCUUGGCUGCGAUUUAUUAUACCAGAAAGUAGUGGCUAUAAUUUAUUGCUAAGGUUUAAUAAAGAACUUCACAGUUUAUUUAUGGAAACGAUAACAGAUCAUCGUAAUAAUCAUAAAGCAAGCCAGGCUGAUGAUUUAAUUCAUGCUUACAUUACUGAGAUGGAAUCUCGAAAAGGAAAACCAUCUACAUUUACAGACGUACAAUUAACAAUGGUAAUAUUGGAUAUAUUUAUUGCUGGCUCCCAAACAACAAGCAAUACUUUAGAUUUUGCUUUCUUAAUGAUGUUAAAUAGGCCAGAUCUACAAAUGAAAAUUCAUCAAGAAAUUGACGAAGUCUUAGGAAAUAAUUUACCAAAAUUAGAAGACAGAGCAAAGAUGCCAUUUGUGGAGGCAGUGCUUCUCGAAGUUCAAAGGUAUUUUCAUAUUGUAACAUUGAAUGGUCCCAGGCGAGUAACUAGAGACACUACUAUAGGUGGAUAUAAUAUUCAAAAAGAUACUACAGUACUCAUGAGUUUGUAUUCGCUACAUAAAGAUGUGGAAUAUUGGGGUGAUCCAGAAAACUUCCGUCCAGAAAGAUUUUUAAGUGAAGAGGGUUACCUCAAACCAAGUGAUCACUUGAUUCCAUUUGCUUUAGGCAAACGUCGUUGUCUUGGAGAAGCAUUGGCAAAAGCUUGCAUGUUUAUAUUCUUCACUGGUAUUUUACAGCAUUAUGAACUGUAUGUAGAUAAUGAUCAAGAAAAACCUAGCAUUGAUCCUAUACCUGGAAUAACAUUAUCACCAAGACCAUAUAAAGCAAAUGUUAGAAAGCGUAUUAGAUAAUGAUUAAAUAAAUAGAAAAAAACUUCAGAAUCAUUACAUACCUUGAUAAAAUCUUAGCAUCAUAAUGCUUGUAAGUUUUAACAUAAAUAACAAUACUCUUAAUGCAGCACAAACAAAUUCAUGUGAAUGAUUUUUAAAUUAUGAUAAUCGG